GCAUUGGACCACUUCUCUCGUCUAUUGACCCACCUCACUUUCAUCUGCCAUCUGCCAUCCACCUCACCGCCCGAUCUGCUGGAGCUCUCGCGCUUCCUCGCCCACUUCCGCGCCCUCAACCCCGGCCCCGUCGCCCGCGCUGCCCUGCAGGUGGGUGUGUGUGCUCUGUAUGGGGCGGUGGUGUGUCCCGAUCUGCUGGAGCUCUCGCGCUUCCUAGCCCACUUCCGCGCCCUCAACCCCGGCCCUGUUGCCCGCGCUGCCCUGCAGGUGGGUUGGAUGCAUGCAGGUGUGCGGGUGUGCUGGCUAG